AUGUCGCAUCCACUUGGCCUGUUUUUGGGAAUUUUCCUACUUCUGAUCUGGAGUGAAGCUGUGAAAGGGGAGUUUUACUCAUCGGUAGAUAGUAUGCAGGAUCUCGCACAAGUGGAACAAGAGCUCCUAAAUGCCACGCGUUCGUAUUUGGAGGCACAGCAAGACCAGCUCAACUUUUACCGCAGAUAUAUGGAGCAAAUUAAACGGGAACAUGAGUGGGCUGUGGGGCAGUUAAAACUGGAUGAGUAUCUGGGACAUCCCUUGCACGCUUUUAGAUUGAUUAAGCGAUUGGUUCUGGAUUGGGACGAGCUGAUCUUUGAAACUAUACUCGAAAACAAACCAAGAGAAGAUUUCCGUUUAUUUGUGGAUGCUUUAACCAAAGAUUUGGGUUAUCCCGAUCAAUCGGAGCUCCAGGGAGCCAUCAAAGGUUUGGCUCGGCUUCAGAGGGUCUAUAAUCUUUCGACCUCCGAUUUGGCCGAUGGCGUUAUCAACGGCUAUCACUAUGACUCGGAGUUACAAUGGCGCGAGUCUUAUGAAAUAGGAGUACAACUCUUCGAUCUUGGGGAGUACAAGAGAUCCCUCGAGUGGCUUCAGGUGGCCUUUGUCCUUCUGCGAAACAGUCCUUUAGAGGAGAAGGAUGAGAAUGGGUACUUAUCAGAUAUUCGGGAGUAUGCAGCUAUGGCCAACUUUGAGUUGGGUAAUCCCAAGAGAGCAGACAGACUUUUGCAACAGAUCCUUACACCUGAACCGAUACAUUCCGCCCAGCAAACGCGAAAGUAUCUGGAGAGCAGAGGGCCAGGAAAGAAUGUCGAGGAGAAGGAUCCCUCAUGGUUUGCCAACUAUACGAGGCUGUGCCAGGGCAGAAGAUUACCAGAGAAGAGGAGUGGCAACCCGCUAAAAUGUUAUCUAGAUGGAAAACGCCACGCCUACUUCACCUUGGCUCCCCUGCAAGUGGAACCGGUUCACCUGGAUCCGGACAUCAAUGUCUAUCACGGAAUGCUAAACUCCAAUCAGAUCUCGGACAUCUUCGUGGAGGUGGACAAGGAGGAGAUGGUUCGAUCUUCCGUCUCGGGAGAAGGUGGGAAGCGCACCGUGAGGGAUCUCCGCGUCAGCCAGCAAACCUGGUUGAACUAUACGACCCCGGUGAUGCAGUCCAUUAGCCAGAUAAUCCAGUUCGUGUCCGGAUUCGAUAUGGCCGGAGCAGAGUUCAUGCAGGUGGCCAACUACGGAGUCGGUGGCCAGUAUGAACCGCAUUCGGAUUACUUUGAGGUCAAUCUGCCAAAGGAAUUUGAGGGGGAUCGCAUCUCCACCAGCAUGUUCUAUCUAUCUAAUGUGGAACAGGGUGGCUAUACUGUCUUCACCAAGCUGAAUCUCUUCCUGCCUCCUGUCAAAGGAGCCCUGGUCAUGUGGCACAAUCUGCAUCGAUCCCUGGAUGUGGAUGUGCGCACCUUGCACGCCGGCUGUCCAGUUAUCGUGGGUUCCAAAAGGAUUGGAAACAUCUGGAUGCACUCGGGCUACCAGGAAUUCCGGCGACCCUGCAAUCUCACCUCAGAUAGCUACAAAUCCGUUGCCUAUCGGAACUCAGAGUAA